AUGUAUGUCUGUGUUGUAACUGUCGUCUCUACAUUGUUGUGUUCGAGUCACUCGUACGUUCAGAUCGAGGGCGAGCUUUCUUUCGACGUACAAAUACUGAACGAUGAGGACGGUAGAGGUCCGAACGUCGUCAACAACACACGGUCUAAGGAUCCAGUGGAGGCGGCCUUGAGGGAGGGUGGUGGUGCUGGGGAGGGGAGAGUGACGGCCGGCGCCAUCCUGGAGUGUGAGUACCAGUACCCUGAGAGACAACAGCUGCAGGCGCUCCUCAGCGACAUGAUGAACCAGCUCGCACAGAUAUUUGUUCGAACACAAGAGUUCGAUCAAAAGGGAAACAAUCGCUGGGUGAAGCGAUACCGAGUGAUCCGGAAACAGGAGUCGGGAGAAUUCGAAGGCGUCUUUAAGAAUAUGACGCGAGAAUACAAAGAGUUCUACGAGGCGACUCUCAACAAACUGAACCGGACGGGCGACCCGUGUCUGCGGCAGGAUGAGAUCAAACAGACCUGGCAGAGUCUGCUGGCGGAGUCACAGAACAUGUUGCAGCGAGCGGCGGCGGCCAGCGUGCAGCGAGUACAGAGAGCGAUAGACUCCCAGGCACAGAGGAGGCUGGAGGAGACGGUCGCCAGGCUGGUGGACACCGCGCGCUCACAACACCUCGACCAACUGUGUGAUCGGUUCCAACUAUGUUAUGACGAACUGUUACAAUAA